AUGGCUGCUACCAACGGGCAUCGCCCGCCAUUGAGCAAUGCCUCGCCUACAGAGGAUACCGCCAGCUCCCCCGACAUCUUCAACGCCAGUUCCGUUGCCGAAAUCAAAGCCACAUUGUCCCACCUCCACACCCAGGAAGCCUCCGUGACAGCCCGCCUCGAUGCCCUGGUCACAUCGCAGAAGGAUCUCUCCCGGGAACUGAGCCGGUUGGACCUGAUGCGCGCCAAUAUCGGCACGCAUGCCAGCACCACCCGGUCCAUUAGCCAUGGAAUGCUCUCCGAAGCCGCCGGCACCGCCGAGCGCAUCUCCAGCGCUGUCCGCCGAUUGGAUCUCGAACAAGCUCGGGUCAAAGCUACACUGGAAGUUGUUGAGCAAGUUGCCGAGCUCAAGGCUUGCGCGCUUGGAGUGGCCGGGUCUAUGGGUGCGCCCCAGGACUGGGAGAAAGCCGCCAGUUAUUUGCACCGCGCUGCGCAGAUUCCACCUUCUGUUGUUAAUGGCGCUUUUGCUGCGGAGAUGGUUCCUACCGCUGAGGUGCCUGACCCACCAAGUGUUACGCUGGAUAAUGCUGCCGAGUCGCUGUGUGGGCUGUUCUUGCGUGAGUUUGAGAAGGCUGUCAAGGAGAAUGACGGUGCCAAGAUUACUCGCUUCUUCAAGUUGUUCCCGCUUAUUGGUCGUUCUGAGGUUGGACUUGAUGUCUAUGGACGCUAUGUUUGCCAAGGUGUGGCGGCGAAGGCUCGGGCCAACCUCAAUGGGGCUACUGGGGGUGUUCAGACUAAGGAUGGGUUCUUCUAUGCCAAUGCGUUUUCUAGGCUGUUUGAGCAUAUCGCUCAAAUUGUUGAUGGCCAUGGUGGACUCGUCGAGCAUCACUACGGUCCACACAAGAUGGGACGGGUCAUUGAACGGCUGCAGAUGGAGGCUGAUGUUCAGGGCGGUAUCAUCCUUGACACUUGGGGUGAUGAACGCCAUGUCGAUCGCAAACUGAUGGAUAUCAAAUCCUACGCUUUCACUUUCUUGGUUCAGAGCUUCCUGCCCGCACAACGACCUGGGCCCCCUCACUCAAGUUCACCGGCCCCGGCGGCUGCUGCUGCCGAUGAAGAGGGAGUAGAUAUGAAAGAGAUCGACGGAGUCUUGAAUGAGAUGGGGAUCAUGCUGAGCCGGUGGUCACUGUACUGUCGGUUCCUGGCUGAUAAGUGUAAUACUACGGAUGAGGAUGAUGAAAAUGACGACAAGAGAUUCACACUGCCCGACUUCUUGCGGGAGUCACCUUUGGCGCACAAAGUCAACGACCGCUUGGUAGCUCCAUUCAAUGCAAUGACGACCUUCUUCUUCCGCCGGUCCGUCGAGAAGGCCUUCCAGCUGGACGAGUCGCCUUCAGGCCUCACGCUGAACCUCCAGCGUCCCCUCAAGGCAGAUCCACCACACAUCACCUCGGCUGUCGACGACAUAAUGUACAUCGUCAACAAGGUCAUUCAGCAAUCAAUUUCCACCUCGCAAGAAGCUGUCGUGACAAACGUCAUUCCAACCCUAUCCCGCGUCCUAGGCUCCGACUUUAUCGGCAUGACCCAGCGUAAAAUGCGCGACGAAUGCUAUCCCCGUGCCCCAACCCACGGCGGAAACCCUCCGGAACAAAUUCUCAUCUCGUUCCUCGUCCAAAUCAACAACCUCGACCUGGGAGUCGACUACAUCCGCCGCAUCGUGCAAAACAACACCGGCUCAAAACAACUCCCUACCUCCACCGAACCUCACGCAAUCGACACGUCAACCCUCGCAACCCCCCACCUGCUCUCAAUCUUCCCAUCCCGCUCCUCUGCAACCCGCGUCGCCGGAGCCCUCCACUCCCUCGCCUCAUCCUUCGAAAGCAAAGUCACAGACCUCCUAACGGAUGGCAUCCAAGUGAUCUUCAACAACGUCAUCAAACCCCGCCUCCGGCCAAUCCUAGCAGACGCCUUCCGUGACAUCGAAUACCACCCAAUCCCAGACAACGAUCCCUCAUCCGGUACACACAUGGACGACGAUACCUCCCAGUCAAAGGAACUAGUCAAACCCCGCUUCACAGCCUCCUGGUCCGACCUCCUCGUCCCACUAGCACGUAUCCUAACACCAUCAGCCUUCGACCGCGUGCUAGCAGUGACAAUUGCCUAUCUCGCCCGCCUCCUCGAGAAGAGGUUAUACUCGUACCAUUCGAGAAUUAAUGCCCUCGGCGCUGCGAGGCUCGAGCGUGAUAUUGCCGGUUUGGUUAGUGCUGCCGUCGAUGUAGGGUAUGUUGCUGGUGCCCCGGGACGGUAUCGCCAUCGUGAGGCCUUUACGCGUUGUGUGCAGAUGACGCUUGUUAUGAGUAUGGAUGAGGAUGAGUGGGAUGAGGUUCUUAGGGGUGGCGAGGCUGCCGAGGUUGUUGAGAAGCUUGGGGUUGAAGAGAGGGUUAGGGUUCGGGGGAUGGUUCGGAGGUGA